AUGCCUUCUCCGAACAGUGAUUCAAACAUUCUUAGUGUAUUAACCAAAGCAAAUGGUGAUAUUAAAUUACUCGCUCAAAAUUAUUCAUCAUUUCAAAAACUUAUAGACAACUGCGAUGUUAAACUAAAAUCUUCAUCCAAUUAUGUAUUAUGGUUAAAGUACUACGUGAUAUUCAUCAAAAGUGCUCUUUACUCUCGUUUAUAUCCUUACAUAUUUUUAACACGUUUAACAAAUAUUAUUUAUUCAUUUCAAAAUCUAUCAUUGGAACAAAAAACUGUCAUGUUAUUGAUUCAUUCACAGCUACUAGAUGAACUCGUAUCUCAGUCUGCCGUAUUAUCACCUAAACUCUCCGUUCAAUAUUCUUGUUUCAUUCUCAUCCUGUCUUUUAUGGGUGGUCCGCAUCGGCAACAACAACAAAAUUGUAACAUGUUCUAUUCGAUAUCAUAUCUAAUACCAGAACAUUUACAACAAUGUACAAGUUUUCUUAAUGAUAGGGAAUUACAAAAAUGUCUACAAUGCACAAACGUAAAUAAAUCAAAAGAUUUUCCUACAAUUAGCUCCAACGAUUCAUCUAUAAUAAAUUUAUUAUACGAAUUAAAACGAUGUUUGACAGAUCUAACAUUUCUUGCUAUUAAGGAUAAACAAUCGACAAACGUCAUAAAUCAUCAUCAUUUAAAACAACAUUUAUCAACGCUCAGUAAACAAAAUCUGGUUGAAUCUCUCCAUAAACUAUGCCAACACUUAUUAAAAUGGUUAAAUGAACUUAAGUUGUCAGUGGAAGGCGGGCUCUUGUGGUUUAAAAAUUAUGAAAAUAAAGAUGAACAAUGGACAAAUGAUUGGUGUAUUGCUACUUUGUUUACAAUUGUACAAAAUUUUUUCUUGUACGAUUUAGAUUUUCAAAUAAAUGGAUUAUUAUUUGAACAACAUCGACUCAUUAUUAGAGAAAAUAUACACACGUUCAUUCAAUUAGUUCAUUUACAAAUGAAAUUGUAUAAGGGUAAGGGUUCCCCUCAGUAUUUGUUGUCUCGUACAGCGAAUUAUGAUAACAGUCGUCCAAUUCAAUAUGACAUGAGAUGUUUUAACGAAUUUUUUUUACAAAUGUUGAAGUUUGUUGCAAAAAAUCUUAAUUUAUUCAAAGCUCAAAGUCAAUUUUUUUCUGAUAUUCAAAGUUACAUUUGUUUUUAUUUUAAAAUUUAUGAAUCAAUUGAUCAAAAACAAAUGACAUGGAUAACAAGUGGAUAUUAUUUCAUUCAGUGUAUAUGUUCGUAUGGAUUUUCAUUAUUAUAUUCAAAAGAGAUUACUUUGGGUAUGGAUAUUCAUAAAACUGCCAUUUCACAAUUAAUCUAUCAUAUGCAAGAAUAUCCAGAAACAUAUGAAGAAAAUGCUAUUGCAUUACUAACGGAAAUGUUAGAACAAGUAAUUCAAUGUUAUCGUACAAGCGAUUUUAUAGAUGAAACUGAAAUGUAUAUUCGAGAAUUAAUUAUUAAACUAUUUUGUUUAUAUCGAAAUAUUAAUGAUUUAAGAACAAUUAUUUUACAAUGGUUAAAAUUGAAACGUGAUUUACAACGAAAAAAACCAGAUUUGUACGAAAUAUCACUGAAAAAUAAAUCAUUAUAUGAUUAUAUCCCAUCAUCAUUACAAACAAGUAUAGAAGUAAAAGAUUUAUUAUUAUAUGAAUUAUAUGAAUAUAGAAAUGCAAAUUUAAAAUCUUAUCAAUUUUUUCAUGAUAAACAGAGAAUAAUAAAUCAGUUGUAUGAAAAUUUUUAUGAUGGAACAAAUCAUCUUUUAUGUUCACGAAUAUUAAUUGAAAAAAUUAAGUUGGAAAUAACGAAAGAAAAACAAACAGAAAAUAUUGAAUUACAAUUAAAUACUUUAUCGAUGCAUCUACGAAAAUGUUCAUCAUUGUCAUCAGAACAUUCGAUAGCUCGAAUGUUUUUGUUAUUAGAUUAUUAUUUGUUAAAAUUUCAAGUCUACUAUGGAAUGUUAACAUCGAAGAUGAGUGACUGUAUCCGAAAUGAUCACGAAGAAAAGAAGAAAGCAGCAGAAUCGAAUAUAAAUCAAAUUGAAACGUUUCAUACUGAAUCGAUGACGAUGCCAUCUCAUAAAAUUUUGGAAGAAUUAUCUGAAAAAUUGUUUAUAAAAUAUUUAUUAAAAUGUUGGCAAAUGGUUAAACAACAAUUUGCAAGUCCAUUGAUUAUUGAACAAUUUAAAACAUAUUCAUUACGAUAUCCAAUUGAAACAGAAUUGUUUUAUUUGAAUUUACAUGUUUGUGGUUCAUUUUUUGAUUUAUUUCAACAUUGUAAAGAAGCCGGCGAAAUUUAUCUUUAUCUCAUUGAACAACUUUCCGAUGGACAUCCAGAUAAAGUUCUUCUAUUAGUAUCAUAUAAUCGUUUGAUAUUAAAAUCAGGUCAAUUGUUAAAUUAUAUUCCAAUUCAUAUUAAAAAAUCAUCGUAUGUAAAAGCGGUAGCAUCCAUAUCGCAAUACGAUAUUGAUGAAGCUCAAAUGUUGUUAUCAACAGCCGAACGUUAUUUAAUUAUGAGACAGUUUGAUCUAUGUUCAAAAACAUUAUCCGAAUUAGAAAAACGUCCAAUUGUUCAAUGUCCGUAUACUGACAGUUAUUUUGUUCGAUCACAAAUCUAUAAUUUAAAAUCAAAAUUAUUACUGAAUACGGAUGUCUACGAUUGCUCUAUGAAAGAUGAAUUUUUAUCAUUAAUUGAAGAUAGUCGUUCAUAUUGUGCUCAAGAUUUACGAACAUCAUUAGACAUAAUGGAUAUAAACAGAAUAUCAGAAAUGAAACAAUUUACAUUUUCACCAGCCAUUAUUCAUACAUUACAAACAUAUCUCUCACAAGUACUUUAUUUAAUAUUAUUAAACUUUGAAAUUGGUCUUUAUCGUAAUUCAAAAAAUUAUAUACUUGUUGGACUUGAAAUAUCACUUUAUUUACAUUCGAAACGAUGGUUUACAUUAUUUCUUAUAUUAAAUUCAUAUUUUUUCAUCUUAUCUCAUCAAAGUGAAUGUUGUCAACGUAAAUUUGAUCAAAUUGAAUCUCAUUUAAAAACAUUUGAUUAUAAUGAUGAUUUAUUUGUUCAAUUAUUAUAUAAAUGGUUUGACUAUGUUAAAUGUGAAUAUGUUUAUCAUACAGAAAAUUAUAUGGAAACACAAAAAAAAUUACGAUCUAUGUAUAUGAUGUAUGAAGAUCAACAGGAUUUACUUUCACAUUCAUAUCAUCGAUUGAUAUACAAACGUUUACAUGUUUUAUAUCGUUUAACUUAUUUUCAAAUUAAUCGAUUAACAUCCACAAUAUUAGUGGAUAAUGAUAAAAUCAUGUGGGAAACAGAUGCUUCUUCACUCUAUGUUGAAUUUGAAUAUUGGAUUCAAGCAUGGUUAACAUGGUUAUCAAUAGUUGAACAAUAUCCACCUGAAGUUAUUUCAAAACUAAUGUGGCUCAGUGAAUGUUAUGAACCAAAGAAUAAAGCAAAAAUCAAAUGUUUAAGUCAAUGGACAGAAAAUGGAACAAUAACACAAACAAAAACAUCAACGUCAAUUGAUCCAAAAUUAUUGAAUAAUCCUUUAUCACCACCAAAUAUAUUUCAUUCGAGUCCGAUUAAUUUUGAACAGUUAUCCACGGAAGCACUAGAAACAUUUGUCAAUAAUGAGACGAGUACACCACAGAAAAAAGUCAUUAUUACUAGUAAAAAUAAAAAACAAAUCGAUACACCACGUGGAAAAAAUACGGUACCAAGUCCAGCAACGCCAUUGAAAUUAGCAUCAGCCAAAUUAAAUGAGAAAGAUGAUGGUACAACAACACCAAUAUUGUCAUCAGCUAAAAAAUCAACAUUAUUUUCAGCGAAAGGCGUACGAUCAAUUGGAAGAAAAAAAACAGUAAAUUUGGACGACUGUGGAGGAGAAACAAUGACAACAACUCCCAUUAGCUCUGUUCAAGAGUUUAUGAAAAAUAUUGAUCCUCCAUUAGAUAUUGUCACACCCAUACGAGGUGCAAGCGGUAUGAGAAAGAAAAAACAAUUGGUUCCUAUUGAUCUUAUUAAUACCACACCACGAGACGAGUUAUCAGCUUCGAGACCAAAUCGUCGGGCAAAAAUUGUUGCUGAACGACGUAUUCAUACUCAACAUUUAUACGAACAACGUGAAACAAUUGUUUCAACAACUAUCGCUACGAAAAAAAAAGAUGUUAUACAAAUACCAUCAGUAACAACUCCAUCAUUAAGAAAAAAUUCACCGUUGAAUCGAAAACGUCUUGAUUAUUUACCACCAGAAUUACUUGAUGAAAUGGAAAAUUUACAAAUAACACCGUUAAAAAAAGGCGUUUAUGAUGAAGAUGAUGAUGAGGAUGUUAUCGUGCAAUCGUCUCAAAUUAAAGUUGAUCGAGAACAACAACAACAACCAUCAACAUCACGACCAUUACUCGAACCGAACAGUGAUGCAUAUAAAGAUUUACUAUCAAAAUGUUUUCAGUUGUAUAACUCCUUAUCGUAUUUACCUUCAGCCAAAUUGUAUCGAUAUUUAUGUGAAUAUUUAAUAUUGUUGCUUGGUGAUCAACAACCUUGGAUGGUAGCAACACUGAUUGUCAGUAUGCAAUCAAUGGGAUUUCGCUAUAAUGCAUUGUGUAUAUAUCAGAGAAAAAAUCGCAAAGACAAUGAUAAAGCAACAACAACAACAUCUGGUGCAUCAACGCCGGUAGAUAGUAUUUCUCGUGAUCAUUUACAACAUUACAUUGAUGCAUUUCAUUUUCGUCCAUUAACAAUUGAUUAUUUAAAAUUUUCACUCAUUAAUGAGUUACCAUCAAAACAAGUGUGUUUAUGUUUUCAUUAUUUUUCAUUAAUUAAAAAUUGUCUAUUACUUGUACAAAUACGUUCAAAUUAUUAUGAACCAUGUCUUAUUCGUCUUGAAUUUCCAAAAAUUUUAAUUAAAAAAUUUCAUUAUCUUAUUGAAUCAAAUACAAAAACUUUACAUGGUAUCAAUGAUCAUAAACGAUAUUGGCUAAUACGAAAAUAUUUUGAACGUUUAUUUGAAUUUCUAUUAGAUGAUUUGAAUCAAAUAUAUCUACAAAGUCCAGUUCAAUGGUAUCUAUUACCAGAAACAACAAUAUUUGAUUGUAAAAAGCAAAUGAUCGAUGAUGCUUUAUCAAAAUAUUUAGCUGAUGGUGGAAGUAGUGAAGGAAACAGUGUUAUAAACAAGCGUUUCAUUGAAUUUUGUUUACAUCAAACAACAUUUUAUUUACAAAAUGAAGUUGAUAUUAAAGAAGAAUUACGAAAAUUAUUAAAAAAUGAACAUUUAUGUACGUAUUUAUCUGAAAAAACAAAAUUAAUUGAAACAUUUUUGAAAAUAAAGCAACGAACAUAUCAACAACAGCAAAAUAGUGAUGGACAUGCACAAAAUUUAUUACUAUUUUUAGACAAUCAUCUACAUACGUUUCCUUGGGAACAAUUGUCUUGUAUGUCAUCGUUGUAUAAAAAAGUCAUUAGUCAUCGUUUACCGACAAUCAUUUUACUUGAUGGCAUGUAUAAAUAUUAUAAUUUUGAUUUGACAAAUGAUGAAACUUCACCAUCUGAACAACAACAACAACAACAACAUAGUUUUGAUUUAACUCUGAUGUUUAAUGAACGACAGUUAUGUCAUCGAGUGGAUUUAAAUAAUGGGUAUUAUAUUGUUGAUCCUGGUAAUGAUUUACCUCGAACAAAAAAACGUUUUCAAUUAUUUAAACAACAAUCAACUAUUAUUGAAAAAUGGGAUGGAAUUAUUGAAGCAUUUCCAAAUCAACAACAAAUUAAAGAUAUAUUUCAAUCAAGAGAAAUUUUAUUAUAUAUGGGUCAUGGUAGUGGUAGCCAAUUUUACCCUGUAGAUGAUGUACAAAAGAAUUCUAGUCGUAUGUGUGUACUACUGAUGGGUUGUUCAAGUGCUCGUCUACAAUCAUUCGGCGAUUUUGAAGCAUUUGGAAUGCCAUUUGCUUAUUUAACAUGUGGAGCUGCAAGUGUUGUUGGAUGUUUAUGGGAUGUGACUGAUCGUGAUAUUGAUACAAUGACAUUCCAUUUAAUUGAACGUUUAAAACAAGGUGAUUCAUUAGGUGAUGCAUUGAAAAAAGGUCGUCUGUUAUGUAAAUUACAAUGUUUAAAUGGUGCGGCACCUGUGAUCUAUGGUUUGCCUAUUCGUGCAAUAAAAUCAAAUUAA